CGAGACAUCACAAUUUAUUAAUGAAUUAAUUACUUGAUACAGAUCUAUUAUGGAUUCAUUUAUACAAAUCAGUCUGCGGUUUUCUUGUGUCAGACACCGCUUGUGAUUAAAGCAACGUAGUCCGGCUCUCUUUAAGUGUUGGAAUCACUAGUCUAUUGCUUUGACUGUUGUUGUUGAGAAAAAGAAAAUCUUUAUAAUUAUUAAUACAACUAGUGAUGUCCCACGUCAAGCUUGGAUCUUCCGAUGAAGAUUCUGACGAGACAUCGACAGAUGAAAUCGUCGAAAUUCUGUCUUCCCCAGAGAAAGAAAGCUGUCUUCCGUGGGUAUAAUGCUCCAUCUUUAAAGAGGAAAGAUGUAACUUCCAAAAAACUCGAAGAUGCGGCUGGAAGGAAAAAAGGGACAACUCACAUUGACCUAACUGGUGAUGACUAUGAGAUGACUAAAGAGAACGUCGCUCGCCCUCUAUUCAAGAAAGAAAACGACCAAACAAAGAGAAUUUCCGACGUUGAUCAGGACAGUGAAUCCGAAACAGUUUCCAUGUAUGAAGCAGACACAUCUGAAAGCAGUAAAGAUCACCCCCUGGCACCACUGGAAUUCUACAGAAAUGACAAGGCUUUGCCUAUUUACAGUGAUAACAACCCAGAUAUCAAAGAAAUAUUUCGCAUCUGUGUAAAGAGGGAUGUGCCAACAAACAGAUUAGUCAAGCAAAAGCCAGUACGCAUAAAGGAUACUGCUACAUUCAUUGUUAAUCAAACCGUGGCCGGCAUUAAACACCCUAAAGAUCUCGAUGCGGACGACACUCCAGGUGCUUUUAACAAGAAGGAAAGCACAAGAUUUUACCAAGUAGAAACUGGGGAAGAUGGCGACCUCAACAUCAGUUGCGAAGUGUCCUUGACUAAGGAUACAAAUGGAGUACCUGUUUCUGGAAUGUACAGACGACGACAAGGCAAAGCCUAGGAAACGAAAUCUGCUGAUCUGAAGGUUUAUGCAGUCAUUCGAAAAAGAGCUGUACAUAAAGCAACUCUUCAGCGGUAUAACACAGCUUUCACGCGUUGUAUUACAUGGGUUAUGACCCUCGACGAAUAUGCUCGUGUAUAUGCAAAGAUGCGUGACACAACAACGUGUUCUCUGCUUUGCCCUAACAUUAUAAUGCAUUACUACUUCAAUACGGGUCAUCGAGUCCCUAUCGUGGCCGAUAAACAUGGGAACACCAAAAAUGAGAAUGCAUCCAAUUUUCGCCCAAAGGAACACUCACUGAAACAGUCAUGCAAGAAGCUGGUCCAGGAGGACUCUCGCGCACCACGCUUAAUUUGUCAGGAAAUGCAAGAAAAAGUUGAUGUGCUUGAAUCGUUUUCUGACUCCUCGGUAAUCCGAGACCCUAAACAAAUUUCAAACUACAGGCAAACAUAUGGUCCUGUAAAAAACAGGAAGCACGAGGAUGCAAUCCGUGACGUUAUAUUUGAACUGUUAGAACAGUCUCACGAAGACAGUGAUCUGCUGGACAAAAACCAAUCCUUUAUCCAAGAGUUGCUACUUCGCCAUGGAAAACAAGCUGGGGUGGUGGCAUAUCUUCAGCAGACAUUAAAGGACAUUGAACGGUUUUGUACAACUAAGGCUAACCCGUUCAUUACAAGUCCCUUGAGUGCAGAUACGACGUUCAACAUUGCUGAGUAUUUGCUAACCCAAACAACCUACCGCCAACUUAGUGUACUUGAUAGAGGCAGCCUGAAACAUCCCUGGUUUCCUGGACCUCUUCUGUGCCAUCGCAAUCAAGCAAAAGAGGACUUUGCCUUCCUCUGGCAAGCAGUUAAAAGGGGUAACCCUCAUCUUACCAAUUUACUUGUACUAGGCACAGAUGAAGAUGAAGCAUUGUCAGGCGGAAUUUUACAGGAAACUAACAACACCAUAGACCUUCUUGGUAAAGAGCACGUGUUUGCUAACGUGGAGAAGAAACUCACCGACCUGAACUUUCCUCUUAUACAGCGACGAAGCAUCCUUGCAGACAUAUUUGAAGGUCCAGAAAGUUUGUACGAAAGCCCAAGUGAAUUAAACACACUACGUACAGAAAAUUUCCAUAUACAAAGAAAAAUGGAGGGCACUUGAAGAAGAAUUCACCAAAAACCGUCCAACUAGAUUCGUGCAAUACUUCGAGACAUACAAAGAAAAGCAAAUGAGAACCAAGAUGAUACUAGCUGUUAGACGGGAAGCCAAAGUCGACGGUGAAUAUGGUCAGAAUCCUAUUGAAUGGCAGAAUUUCUUGACCAAAGAAGAAAUCGACGACUUCUGCAAACGUGAAGGACAGGGCCACAGAGAGGUAACCAUCACUAAAGCGUUAGCUAUUAUGAAGGCUGCAUCAAGCGACGAGCUGGUGAGAACUGUUAAGAGCAGGUACGGAUUAGUUCCUCUCAUAGUUAAGCCGCAAGCUAAGAACAAGGUAUUGUUCGAAUGUAACUGCAAGCUAUACAAAGGGCUGAACAUUUGUGCGGACACAGUUGCAGUUGCCGAAGAUAACGGUAUUCUAUUUGAAUACAUUGAAGCUUUACGAAAAAAGUUUCAGCGUAGCAAGCGAGUUACAAAUCUAACAGCUGCAAUCGAAAGCAACCUGAACAUCUCCCAGCGUGGACAUAAGCCUAACGAGGUCCAGAAACUUGCACGCAGAGCAAGAAACAGUAGGCAAGAAUCAUGCACAUCAACAUCAGGACCAACGCAGUCAGCCUCGAGCUAUCACCAACAACAACCACUGUCAGCCUCGAGCUAUCACCAACAACAACCACAGCCAGCCUCGAGCUAUCACCAACAACAACCACUGUCAGCCUCAAGCUAUCACCAACAACAACCACUGUCAGCCUCGAGCUAUCACCAACAACAACCACAGCCAGCCUCGAGCUAUCACCAACAACAACCACUGUCAGCCUCAAGCUAUCACCAACAACAACCACUGUCAGCCUCGAGCUAUCACCAACAACAACCACUGUCAGCCUCAAGCUAUCAACAGCCACAGCCAGCCUCGAGCUAUCACCAACAACAACCACAGCCAGCCUCGAGCUAUCGCCAACAACAACCAAUGUCAGCCUUGAGCUAUUACCAACCACAACCACAGCCAGCCUCGAGCUAUCACCAACAACAACCACAACCACAACCCCAGCCAGCUUCGAGCUAUCGCCAAAAACAACCACAACCACAGCCAGCCUUGAGCUAUCAUCAACUACAACCACUGUCAGCCUCGAGCUAUCACCAACAACAACCACAACCACAGCCAGCCUCCAGCUAUCGACAACUACAACCACAGCAAGCCUCGAGCUAUCACCAACUACAUUCACAGCAAGCCUAUCAACAGCAAACUCCACAGGGAUGGCAAUGGCAUUCUGGUAUGUCUCCACACCCGUAUACACUUUGCAAACUUCCUUCCGCAGCAAAGAAAUGUUACGGGUGUGGCGACGAAUUUGCGACAAAAUACAGAGAAGCCCCCAAUGACAUUGUGGUUAAAGGGCUACUUGGACGAAAA